CGAAUUUCUUAAGGUGUUAAAUAAUAAUAUGCUUUUUGGAAUGUAUAAAAACAAAGAGUGACGGCUCAUUUUUGACACAUCAUUCACAGGAAAUGUUUCAAAGCCCAAUACUUUGGUCUUUGUGAUAAUUUAAUUAUUAAAUUAAUGAUUUGCAUAGUGACACUAUAUAUAUAAAACAUAUGCCGACAAUAAGAGCUCAAUCAAAACCCUACUACUUCCCAUUUUGACUCCCCAUUUUGAAAGGUUGAGAUGGAAACAUGCUGGAUUGAACACAAGUCAUACUGUGUAGAGGGAAUACAAGUCAUUGCUGCCGUAUGAAGGAGAACCAUUAGGAAAAAAAUAUAAAUGGUCAAGCUUACAAAGAGUGCACAAUUUGGGAGAAAAAGAGGUGUAGCUGUCACCAAUGAUAAAGAUGAAAAUGGUGGCCCGUUGCUUAAAAAAAAUAAGCAAACAAUGGCCUCAGAUCCACUCUCAGGAUUACCUUUGAAAGAGAUUAUAAAUGAAAAUAUUCCGUCGAGUUUUCAAUGUCAGCAUUCAUCUCAAGGGAAUAAUGUUAAGCGCUAUGUAUACCUCCAGCAUUUGUGGAAUGUAAAUCCACUUGAAUGUCAUCUACCUCUAAGAGGUAGAAGCCAUAAAGAUGUAGGUGGCUCAUCUCAACAAAUUCUUGAAAUAAAUAAUUGUCUCGAGCCACUAUCUGAGAAUGCGGAUGCAAUGGAACUGGACAUGCAGAGAGUGGAUUAUUCCAACUUGAAUGAAGGUGAUGUUGGGGGGAAAAGUGAUUCCAGUAACGGUCUAGCUGAUGUAGGUGGUCCCUCUCAACAAUUUCCUGAAAUAAAUAAUUAUCUUGAACCACCUUCCAAGAAUGUGGAUGCAAUGGAAUUAGAUAUACAACGAGUGGCUCAAUCCAAUUUAAAUGACAGUGAUGAUGACGGAGAUGGUGAUUUGAAUAAUGUUUCAACUGGUUAUUGGGAUUUUGGAGAUCCUUCUUUCGUUUGUAGCUUUUGUGGAGCCUUAUUUUGGUAUGAGGAGAGAUUAGCGGCUCAUUAUAAAGCGAAAGAUCCAAAAUAUUCUGGGUGUUGUUUGCAAGGAAACAUACAAUUGCCACUCAUAAAAAGGCCUCCAUUAUUUAUUGAAAAUCUUUUUAUGGGGCAAGAUGAAAGGAGUAAACAUUUUUUGCAAAAUAUUCGUUCGUACAAUAAUAUGUUCUCCUUCACAUCUUUGGGUGGGAAAAUUGAUUCCACCUUGCAUGACGGAAAAUCACCCCCAGUAUUUAAGUUACAUGGACAAAACUUUCAUUUGAUGGGGAGUUUGUUACCGUCUGAAUCUGUGGUUCCCAAAUUUGCACAAUUGUACAUAUAUGAUACGGAGAAUGAAGUCUAUAAUAGAAUUCAUUCUGUGCGGAAAAAAGGAGAAUCUCAUGAUCUGCAUGAAGAAAUUGUUGAGGGGUUGAAAAAUACUCUUGAUGAGCAUAAUGUGCUGGUGAAAUCUUUUAGAAUGGCCGGAAAGAAAAUCCAUGAAGAAGGAUGUGUUGAGUUUAGGUUGAAGCUUAUAGGAAAAAGAGCAAAGGAUGGAAGAACAUACAAUCUACCUUCAGUGUCAGAGGUUGCAGCUUUGGUUGUAGGCGAUUUUGAUUUGUCACUUGGGGAAAGAGAUAUUUUAGUUGAGACUUGCACUGGGAGGUUGCAACGGAUUAAUGAAUUACAUCCUUCAUAUUUAGCACUCCAAUAUCCACUUUUAUUCCCAUAUGGGGAAGAUGGAUUUAGAGAAGACAUACCUCUAUGUAAUAGAAAAUCGAAUCAAACUCGAGCGAGAAAAAUGAUGAGCAUCCGAGAGUUCCUUGCAUAUCGCUUGCACGAAAGAAACACAGAGUUAUCUAUUAUAUUGCGUGCUAAAAAGUUAUUUCAACAAUUUGUUGUUGAUGGCUAUACUUUGAUUGAAUCGAGCAGGUUAAGGUAUAUUCGCAAUAAUCAAAGGCAAUUGAGAUGUGAAAUGUUUAAAGGACUGAAUGAUGCUUUAUUGCGUGGUGACACAAAUCCUGCCGCACAAGGGAAGCGCAUUAUACUCCCAUCUACGUUUAUAGGUGGGGCAAGGUAUAUGAUUCAAAACUAUCAAGAUGCAAUGGCCAUAUGUAGGUGGAUGGGAUAUCCAGAUUUAUUUAUAACUUUCACGUGCAAUUCAAAAUGGCCAGAAAUACAACGAUACCUUGAUGAGCGCGAUCUCAAACCAGAGGAUCGACCGGAUAUUAUUUGUCGAGUCUUUAAGAUGAAGUUAGAUGGUUUGAUCAAUGAUUUCCGUCGCAACAAGAUAUUUGGCACUGUUAAGGCAGUUAUAUACACCAUUGAGUUCCAGAAGCGUGGAUUGCCACAUGCCCACAUUUUGUUGUUUCUUGAGAGAAGUGAAGAUCUAGCAACAACGGAAUACAUUGAUAAGAUCAUUUCUGCUGAAAUUCCUAAUGAAGAGAUGGAUCCCGAGUAUUUUAAUGCUGUGAAAGACUUUAUGAUGCAUGGACCAUGCGGAAAUUUGAGAAAGAAAGCUCCUUGCAUGGUAGAUGAUAGAUGCUCGAAACAUUUCCCAAAAAGAUUUGUGGAUCACACCACUUUGGACGAAGAUGGAUAUCCCGUGUAUAGGAGAAGACAUGAUCAGAGAACUAUUUCAAAAAAUGGAGUGGAGUUAGAUAAUAGAUAUGUGGUGCCUCAUAAUAGAUAUUUAUUGCUCAAAUAUGCAGCACACAUAAAUGUGGAGUGGUGCAAUCAGUCUAGAUCUAUCAAAUACCUGUUCAAAUAUGUGAACAAAGGAAAUGAUAGAAUAACUGCAGCGUUCUACCAAAGUGCAAAUGGAGAAAAUGCUGAUGAUAAUGUGGAUGAAGUGAAAAUGUAUUAUGAUUGCAGAUACAUUUCAUCAUGUGAAGCUGCAUGGAGAACUUUGGGAUUUGAGAUUCAAUAUAGAAGUGUUGGUGUGGAGAGAUUAAGCUUUCACUUGCCUAAUGAACAAGUCGUUUAUUUUAACGACUUAGAGCCCAUAGAUGAAGUUCUUGAUAAGCCAAGUGUGAAAGAAAGUAUGUUUCUUGCUUGGUUCAAAGCAAAUGAGAUAUACCCUGAAGCAAGAAACUUGACUUAUGCUGAGAUGCCACUUAGAUUUGUAUGGAAGCGAGCUACUAGAGAGUGGGUUCCGAGAAAGAGAGGUUUUGCUAUUGGAAGAUUAUUUUAUGUGCCACCAGCUUGCGGUGAAUUAUUCUAUCUUAGAUGUCUUCUGAAUGUUGUUCGUGGACCAACAUGUUUUGAAGAUAUAAAGAAGGUUGAUGGUGUCCAAUAUGACACAUUUCGUGAUGCUUGCUACGCUUUAGGUCUGCUAAACGAUGAUAAGGAAUAUAUAGAUGCAAUUAAAGAAGCAAGUUUCUGGGCAACAGCACAUUGUUUGCGAAAAUUGUUUGUAGCUUUGUUAAUUGCUGAUUGUUUAAGUAGACCAGAAGAUGUUUGGGAAAAGUGUUGGGUUUUUUUAUCCGAAGAUAUCCUACACAAGCAGCGAGUGAUGCUUAAUCAUCCAGAUCUUACAUUAUCGGAUGAAGAAUUGAAGAAUUGUGCUUUGUAUGAAAUUCAAAAGAUGUUACGCAGUUGUGGAAAAAGUUUGGAAGAAUUCCAUUGCAUGCCAUGUCCUGAUACCAGAUUUUUAUCAAAAAAUACCAAUCGAUUGGUGUAUGAUGAGUUGAGGUAUGAUCGAGCAAAGUUGGUAGAGGAGCACAAGGAGCUGUUGGGUAACCUAACUGUGGAACAAAGAACUGUUUAUGACACGAUAAUGUAUGCUGUUGAUUCAAAUAAAGGUGGAGUCUUUUUUGUGUAUGGGUAUGGCGGCACUGGAAAAACUUUUGUAUGGACGACUCUUUCUGCUGCUAUACGUUCCAGAGGAGAGAUAGUAUUGAAUGUUGCAUCGAGUGGAAUCGCGUCGCUAUUGCUCCCAGGAGGUCGAACUGCCCAUUCUCGGUUUAAGAUUCCAAUCCAUCCCAAUGAAGAUUCUACGUGCAAUAUAAAACAAGGUAGUGCUCUUGCUGAACUUCUGGUCAAAUGUAAGCUUAUAGUUUGGGAUGAAGCUCCAAUGGUGCAUAAACAUUGCUUUGAAGCUUUAGACCGAACUCUACGUGAUAUUUUGCGGUUUCAAAACCCAAGAAGUCUUGAAAUACCCUUUGGUGGAAAGACAAUAGUGUUUGGUGGAGAUUUCAGACAAAUCCUACCUGUCAUACCUAAGGGAACCAGGCAAGAUAUUGUGAAUGCAUCUAUAAAUUCUUCCUAUUUGUGGCAGCAUACACAUGUCAUGCGUUUAACUAAAAAUUUGAGACUUCUUCAUUUGCCAGCUAACGAUCAAACAGAAUAUUUGGUAAAGUUUUCCGAAUGGAUUGCAAGCAUUGGUGAUGGCACCAUUGGAGGACCAAAUGAUGGUUUUGUGGAGAUUGAGAUUCCAGAUGAAUUUUUAUUAAAAGAUUUUGAUGAUCCUAUAGCAAAAAUGGUUGAUUGUAUUUAUCCUUCCUUUGAUGCCGUUCAUGAAGAUCCCAACUAUUUAAAAAAUAGAGCAAUAUUGGCCCCCACCCUCCAAGUUGUUGACAGCAUCAAUGAUUACAUGCUUUCCUUAAAUGGUUCUGAGAUGAAAACGUACCUUAGUUCUGACAGCCCGUGUAAAUCAGAUUCAAAUCCUGACUUUUUAGCCAACAUCCAUACUCCAGAAUUUUUGAAUGGUAUUAAAGCUUCAGGAGUUCCAAAUCAUGAACUGCAUCUUAAAGUUGGAACACCGGUGAUGCUAAUGCGGAACCUUGAUCAUUCUCAAGGGUUGUGUAAUGGGACCAGGAUGGUUAUUACCAGAUUAGGUAAGCAUAUUUUGGAAGCAAAAGUUUUGACAGGAUUGAGUGCAGGUGAGAAGGUUUUGAUACCGAGAAUGUCUUUGACUCCAUCUGAUGUGAGAUUGCCUUUCAAGUUUGAAAGAAGACAAUUUCCUUUGAUCGUCUCAUAUGCCAUGACUAUAAAUAAGAGUCAAGGACAAUCAUUGUCCAAUGUUGGAUUAGUCUUAAAAAAACCUGUUUUUAGUCAUGGUCAGUUAUACGUUGCGCUUUCACGUGUCACUAAUCCCACUGGUUUGAAAAUAGCUAUAUGUGACACAGAUGGGAAAAGUACCAAUGUAACGAUGAACGUUGUAUUUAAGGAAAUAUUCCGAAAUUUGUAAGACAAUUUGUUUUCAGGUUCUAUAAAUGUUCAUUUGUAU